AUGGACGCGCUGAGCGUUCGAUCCACAGGACUGCAUCCUACAGACCAAACGUUUGGCUGCGUUACGCAAAUUGUGAAUGGUUUUGGAGCUCGGGCCUCCGACCGGGACGCCUGGUUCCGCAGUCUCAGAACGCAAAGUGAUCAUGGCAGGAAUGGAGUUAUUCUCCUCCAGGAAACGCACGUGGAAGGGCCAGAAGUAGAGAAGUUCACGGACUUAUUUGCC